GGUCAACCCAAGAAAAGCAUUUAUAGAGAGAGAAAGAGAGAGCGCUUCAAUGGUGCCCUAGGUUCUUUGAUACCAAUCAUUCCUUGCCAUGGCUGGACCGUCAUGGUUGGUCGACAGCAACAGAAUUGCAACAAAGAUUAGAAGCGCCUCUGGUACUUGUGAUCCUCAAAAUAUCAACUGGAAAAGCAACCCCACUAAAUCAUGCCCAAAUUGCCACCAUAUUGUUGACAACAGUGAUGUUAAUCAAGCAUGGCCAGGAUUGCCUCAAGGGGUAAAAUUUGACCCGUUGGAUCAGGAAAUUAUUUGGCAUUUACUUGCUAAAAGUGGUGUAAGCGGUUUCCCACCUCAUCCUUUUAUCGAUGAGUUUAUUCCAACGGUUUAUGAAGAUGACGGCAUCUGUUACACUCAUCCUCAGAAGUUGCCAGGAGUCCAACAGGAUGGAAGUGUAUCUCACUUCUUCCAUAGAGCAAUUAAAGCGUAUAAUACUGGAACUAGGAAGCGUCGUAAGAUACAUGGUGAUGAUUUUGGAGAUUUCCGUUGGCACAAAACGGGCAGAACAAAACCAGUUGUUUUGGAUGGGAUUCAACGUGGGUGUAAGAAAAUUAUGGUGCUUUAUGUUAGCCCCGUGAAGGGUGGGAAAGCGGAGAAAACAAAUUGGGUAAUGCACCAAUAUCACUUGGGUACAGGGGAAGAUGAGAAGGAAGGAGAGUAUGUGAUCUCAAAAGUCUUCUAUCAACAACAAUCACAGUCAAAAACACCUAAUGAAAAAGAUGAAGAGAUCAUACUUGAAGAAAUAAUCAAUGCUCCAAUCGUAAAAGUUGAUCCUGUGACCCCCAAGUCCGUGACUCCUGAACCCCCUCGUGCUGAAAGGCGGGUCCCAGAUAUGGGUCUUGGACAAGGACCCACUGAGAUUUACGCAGAUCCUGCUCAGCAUGAGAUGGAGCUUAUUGAUGAGGCCGAACGUGAAACUUGUUGCAAGAAGGUUGGUGAUCACGAAGAUCAUGUUACAGAAGAAAAUGGUGUUUCUGAUGAAUUAGGGACUAACGAUAAUGGUGAGGCUGGAGAAGAACCGAAAUGGUGGGAUAGUGAAUCUCAGUAUUUACUAGAUUCACAGCAACUCGUCGAAGGACUUUCUUUGUGUGACGAGUUUCUUCAGAGCCAAUCUCCUCAAAGAGACGUUGAGAACCGGGAAUCGAACAGAAAACCGAGUCUUGCGGACUACGCUCAACUAGGACCAGAAAAUCUAAAGAAGGAUUUGGAAGAGUGUCAAGGCUUGGCCUUUGAUCCAGCAAAUCUGGAACUUGAUACCCCACCUGAUUUCAGGCUGAGCCAACUUGAAUUUGGAUCACAGGAAAGCUUUCUUGCAUGGGGAGGCUGCAAGUGAUGGUUUUGUUGUUCAACAAUCUUCAUCUCACCCAAAAUGCCAACUUUCUAAGUUGUACAUCUUUUGUGAAAGUAUUUGUAUGUUAAACUUCUGAAACUAAAUUGAGAUGAUGGCACUUGAUCUUUUGGGAGUAAUUAUCUAUGUGGUUUGUGUUGGCACUUGGAACCAUGCUUUAUUUGUAUAAAUUUUGGUUUUUAGAAACAUUAAAUCAUGUUUCUUGUAAUAUAUUGGACCAUUGUGUUUUAUACUC